AUGGCUGCGCGGCGCGCCCGGACCUUGUCGGUUCGUUCCGUCCCGGCUCCCCGGCCGGUGGUCAGCACGGACCAGCCCCGCCGUGGUCCCACAUUCGACACCGAGUACCGCAAGCGAGUUCUCAACGAUGGGGCGGAAGUUGACAUAUCGACGCUAUACCAGCCCUGGGAGAAAGAGCGGAUGGAAACGCCAUUGGCUGGAACCCCAGGAAUUUACCACUGCAUGUGCCGAGGACUGGGACAAGGGGACGCUAGGCGAGUUAUUUCACGGUUCCCGGAACGCACGCGGCACGAACGGUUCAGCGCCCUGGUAUGCUGCGAGCUGAAUACUGGCCCACUUGAGGUUGGCGUUGUGGAGAAAGGAGAUUUGAACUGGAAUAUUUGCGACGCCCUCGAUUCCGAUCUCGGAUCAAUCACCAUCAGCCCACACAGGCGUUCUGCUUCAUCUGGUCUGUCGUACGUCGUCCCAGGGAACGUUGUUGAGUCUGCCCCGAAGACCCCGACAUCAUUCCUGUUGCAUUUUCACGUACAUGUACCCACUUUCAUACUGUCGCUUUCACGCAACACUUGCCCAGACCAGAGUCAGCCCGCCAAACAAGGCAUUCUCGCCAGGGGAUAUAUAGCCACCACCAUGCAGGCCACCAGAAAGACAAAAAAGGCGGUGGGAAGCAUCUGGGUUCUGCGCCCGCAUGGUUCGUCUCUCGGGGGGUUCCCGCCCGAAAUUACCACUUCGGACCGCAAACCGCGUGGGGACCCACCAGCGCUUGCUAAAGUUGGCAAGCAACCCUAUUCGCUCUACGCUCUCCAUGGGGGCACGUGGGCCUUGUCUGUGACCGAGCUACGCGCAUGUAUCCUGCAGGUGAAGACUGAAUUUCUGGCCAAUAAGUCGAGCACGGUUCUCGGCAUCAAGUCCCGUGUUUCUUCUGCGUAA